AUGCCUUUCAGAGCUAUACUCAUAUUCCACAUCCCUCCCUCUCCACCUCCCCCCCUCCCCCACCCCCUCCCCUCCCUUCCCUCUCGCUCCUCCCCUUUCCCCCCUCCCCUCCGCCUCUCCCCCACCCUCCAGGCUCGACCACUGUUCAAAGACCGGCGGAAGUUUCCAGCCAUGGCGGAUCCUGGCUUGAGGGGGCGCUACCCGAUGCGAGGGUUGUAUCAGGCGCUCGCAGUGGCGGCGAUGUGCUUGCAGGAGCAGGCAGCUCAGCGACCCAUGAUUGGCGAUGUGGUUACCGCAUUGAGCUACCUCGCCAACCAGCCGUUUGACCCGGAUAAGGUCACUAGGCCGCCACCUGGCACGCCGCAGCACAACCCAAUGGACCGCCGGAGCAACUCCAGCGGAGGCGGGGGAGGGGGCGAGCGCAAGGGCUCGCGCUCCCCCGCCCCCCACCACCACGGGGGGGUGAGACGCUCCGCACUCUCCCCCAUGCAAUCACCUGAUGUGAGGCACAUGCACCACCACCACGUGAACCACCACCGGUUCUCGGAACGGGGCGAGGAGGAAGGAGGGGGAGGGUCUGUGGGUGCUGCUGCUGGGUCGGCUAGUCCAAUGAGAGUGAGGGGUGGAGGGGGGUACAGAGAGGGGCCGGUGGGGUAUAGGGAGAGUCCGGGGCAUGGCGGGGUGGGGAGUGGAGGCAGGACGCCGAAGAACCAGAAGGGGUAUGGGGAGAAUUGGAGGGCGCGAGGGGAGGAGAGAGUGGGAGGAGAAGAGGGUAGAUGA